UUUUCACAUCGAGAGGAGAACCCCAGGACCGCUCAGGCAUGGCUUCCUUGGGGCUGCAGAUCUUGGGCAUCGCGCUCGCUGUCAUCGGGUGGCUGGGCGACAUCAUAAUCUGCAUCCUGCCCAUGUGGAGGGUCACCGCUUUCGUGGGCAACAACAUUGUGACGGCGCAGAUCAUCUGGGAGGGCCUGUGGAUGACCUGCGUGGUGCAGAGCACGGGCCAGAUGCAGUGCAAGGUCUACGACUCUAUGCUCGCCCUCCCUCAGGACCUGCAGGCCGCCCGCGCCCUCGUGGUCAUCUCGGUGCUGGUGGCCCUGUUCGGCAUCCUGCUGUCGGUGGCCGGAGGCCAGUGCACCAACUGCAUAGAGGAGGAGUCGGCCAAGGCCAAAGUGGCCGUCUCUGCAGGGGUCUUCUUCGUCCUCAGCGGGACACUGUCCCUCAUCACUGUGUGCUGGUCCGCCAACACCAUCAUCCGGGACUUCUACAACCCCCUGCUGUCGGACGCGCAGAGGCGGGAACUCGGCGGCGCGCUCUACAUCGGCUGGGGGGCGGCGGGGCUCCUCAUCCUGGGGGGAGCGCUCUUUUGCUGCCAGUGCUCCCCCAAGGAAGAUCGCCAGUACACGGCAAAGUACUGCUCGGCAAAACCCGGCGGCACGGGAAAAGACUACGUAUGAAUGACCGGCGCUGGUUGGCUCCUCUUCUUAAUAAUAUAGCUGUGUUUUUUUUUUUUUUUAAAUUAUAACUGUUCUCGCAGAAGUUCAAAAAUGCCCAAGCGAAAUGACUCUUUGCACACGUUUUUGGUAGUUUUUUUAACUGGAACGUCCUGAAAAGUGUGCGUCUCAGCACCUCUUACCCACCGCAGGAAUCCGAUGAUUUACGAAACCAUGAUUAUACGUUUAUUAUUGACCUAACCGCGAAGCGAUGCAUAGCAUGAUGCAGUUAACUUUGGUUUCUGUGGCUAA